UCAAACCUGAAAGGUAGUAGUGUGUGGUGCAGAUUAGAUUGUGGUCGUUACAAUUGUUUUGUGAUGUCUCAUUUACCGAAGAAAAGUAUAAAAAAUACAACUACAACGUUCAAACCAGUUCCCGUUGAAGAACCCAAGGACAAUUUCCAAGAUACAUCUAAAGAUGAAGAGUCGAUCCAAAAGAAAUUACCCUAUCCCAAGUCGGUUUUCUUCAUCAUCUGCAACGAGUUUUGCGAAAGGUUCAGUUAUUAUGGAAUGAGCACCAUCCUCGUCAUCUACCUCACAGACAUUCUACAGUACUCAAGAGCAGAUGCCAAGAUCAUUUAUCACUCGUUCACAAUGUUCGCCUACUUUUUCCCCGUUCUGGGCGCUAUCUUAUCGGACAGUUACUUAGGAAAGUUUAGGACUAUACUAUAUGUGUCCAUGAUAUACGCGGUUGGAAGUAUUCUCCUGGCUCUCACAUCCAUAAAACUGCUGAAUUUUCCCCAGAGGGAAAUUUCCAUCUUGGGACUUUUGCUCAUCGCUGUUGGAACCGGAGGAAUCAAACCCUGCGUUGCCGCUUUUGGGGGAGAUCAGUUCAUCCUACCGCAGCAGGAGACUCAGUUGGCCUUGUUUUUUUCUCUUUACUACUUUUCGAUCAACGCCGGAAGUUUGAUAUCGACUUCUGUAACUCCGGUAUUGAGGCAAAAUGUCCACUGUUUCGACGAGAAUAGCUGUUAUCCACUUGCCUUCGCAUUACCCGGAGUUUUGAUGAUACUGUCAAUAGGUAAGUUAUACGCAAUCAAAAAGAAAAUCAGAUCGAAAGACAAGAAGGACCACUGGAUUGAUCACGCAGAAAAAAAAUAUGGCGCCAAAUUGGUGACCGACAUCAAAUCCACUCUAAGUGUUCUGGUACUUUAUCUUCCUCUUCCCUUCUUUUGGACGCUAUCCCACCAGCAAGGGUCAGGUUGGACCCUUCAAGCUGUUCGAAUGGAUGGAGACAUGGGAUUUUACACGAUCCUUCCUGACCAGAUGCAAGUGGUUAAUCCGCUGCUUAUUCUAGCUUUCAUUCCAAUGUUCUCUUACUGGGUUUAUCCUCUCCUGUCGAAGUGCAACUUGUUGAAGACUCCACUGCAAAGAAUGGCUGCAGGAGGCAUGUUAGCAGCUGUUGCGUUUGCCUUGUCUGCUUUGGUGUCAAUUGCCUUGGAAAAUACUGACCCAAUCUUGCCAUCUGAAGGAAAUAUUCAGCUGCGAAUAUACAAUCCGUCUCCGUACAAUGUAUCUAUUUCCGUAGAUGAACUCAACUUGAAGAAUCAGAGUAUUGAAAGUAUGGGUUACUACGAGAAAACGGACAUUGAGCUUUUGGAACACAGAACUUUAACUUUCCAGUUAUCUUGUGCAACCUGUGAAAGUGUUCGAAACAUAUCUGUCCCAGUAAAAGGAGGAAAUUCGUAUGGUAUUUAUUUCGCAAAUGGUGAAAUUCAUUACUACCUGGAUGACAUUGCGAAAAGUGAAAUUGGUUUUCCGAGAGUGAGGACGUUGGAUUACUCAGCUGAUGAAAACGUAACCUACACAAUGGAAACUUAUUCAGUUGCCGUUUUAGCUGGAAAUGAUGGGCUAGUAUCUUUAGAAGAACCGGGAAAAUAUGAAUUUGGAAGAAGAAAUGGGGAAAGGUUCUCUUCUAAGUUUUCCUUAGGGGGAAUUUAUACAGUCAUGUUGAAUGAAGUAAGUACCAAAUCUCAUACACUUUUAGAGUUCAUAUAUUCAGCGGCGGCUCGUCAGAGGAGGCAAGGGACGCUUAGCCUCCCCACAAAAUUUGAGGCUAUUCAUCGCNGUAUAUUUUCAUACUCGCAAGCGCCAAGUUCCAUGAAAUCCUUGAUGCAAGCCUGCUGGCUCCUGACGACUGCAUUCGGAAACUUGAUCAUUGUCAUAAUUGAGUCUGCGAAAAUAUUCGAAAAGCAGUCCAAUGAUUUCUUCCUUUAUACUGGUUUGAUGGUAGUGGACAUGAUUCUAUUCACUUUCUUGGCAAUGAAAUACAAGUACGUAACAGUGGAGACUAGUGAAGUGGAGGAACUUAGGGAGACAAAUGAAAAUGGAGAUGACGACAAAGUGAUAAGAAUAGGGUUAGAUAAUCCCACGUAUAAAGAAAAGUGAGACGUAUGGUGUGCAAACAUUGUGUGAUUGAAAAAUGAUAUUUAAUUGAGACUUCCAUAUAAGACACCUCGUAGCGAGUCAGAAUAUUCAUCAUAUCAAGUACCUAGGUACAAAAACUUGCAAACAACGCUGAAAGGAUCCAUUUUCCGAACAAUUUUAACGUAUACCAGUAGAGUGUAUUUAUUUAUUCAAUAAUGUAUGCGAUUUUUAUGCAAAAUGUACAUAAUUCACUUGUAAAUAUAUCAGUCGA